AUGGUACAGCAGGGAUUAUUUGCAUACUACGAUGAGCCAAGCAGAACAAAUGAUAUGCUGACAUUAGCAUACAUUCAGGACAACAAUGUUGAUAAAGUGGUGUUCAACUCUGAAAUGAACCCAGUAGCACUUCCAAAGUGUCCAGAAAUGCCUAUCAAAUACACUGAAGCAUUGAAAUCGUUUGAGCAGUUUAUGCAGUUUUACAGAGAAAUAAAAGAAGAAGGCACAUAUUCAGAAAUUAUAGCUUAUUACAAACUCAAAUACUCAAAGCUUUCAUUUAUGGCUUUGCAUUCUAAGUAUACAUGGCUCUGUAACUAUUCAUCAAUGCCUGACAUUGAAUAUUCAUAUAAUGAGAAUGUCUAUUCAACAAUACUACAAUGCAAUGAAUAUGCGUGUAGCAGAAAAUGCUUACUUCUCGCGCCAGUAUGCACUGCAAAGUUCCUUGAGAAGCAUGGCUGUAUAAGCAAAGCACGAAUGCUUGUUAAGGAAGCAAAAAAAAUAGCAAAGGCCACAGACAAUCUUGAAACACUCAAAGAAAUUGAAAGAGAAUAUUUGAAUGAUUACAUCUGUGGAUAA